GUUUAUUAGUACUUGCAAUCAUAAUAGCACCACCACCAUUUCUGCAAUAAAAUGAGGAAGACAAGUUUGAUACACUGCUUUGCGAGACAAGUAAUCAGGUCAUCUUCCUACUGCCGUUCUUUCUCUUCUUCUCCUUCCAACAAUAAACUAUUCGUCGCAGGUUUAUCAUGGUCAGUGGAUGAAAAAUCAUUAAAAGAAGCAUUCUCAUCAUUCGGAGAGGUUUCUGAAGUAAGGAUCAUGUACGAUAAAGAUAGUGGUAGGUCAAGAGGCUUCGGGUUUGUAAAUUUCUCAAGAGAAGAUGAAGCGAGUUCGGCUAAAGAUGCCAUGGAUGGGAAGGCUUUGUUAGGAAGACCAUUAAAGGUGAGCUUUGCACUGGACAAAGUCAACAGAGAACCGUUAAACACCCGCUACUCUAACAGAGGAACUACUUUCGGUCGUAGCCGCUGACACUAUUUUCUUUCAUAUUAGCAUGCCAUGGUCAUGUUUUCUCUUCAAGUAGCUUAUGAACUGAUGUUGUCUUGAUUAGUAUUGGUAUAUACUAUACAAUAUGUUUAUUCGCUUAUACAAUAAGUCUUUAAACAUUUGUUGGAUGAUCACAAUGGAAGUCCAUUACAUA